GAUGUCCGUCCGACGGGUGACGAGGGUGGCCCCAGACGAGGCGGCUUAAUUGGGAUGGGAACUGACUGGUGAGGCUUAAUCGUCGACCAAUGGGUCGAAUCUGCAUAAGGAAGGCAACCAGCACACACUCGCAGGCAUGUCGUGGAAACAUUUUUUUGUUUUUUGUCUUGGUCUGCCCCGCGUCGAAUUUUGAAGGCAGAAAAUGUCGGGAGGAGGCGAGCAUAACCAGGCCUAACUUAAACCUGUUAAAAGACAACCCGGGUUCGCAGCGCGAUUUUAAAAAACGAGAUGAUCAGUCCCAAAAAAUUUCGGAUUGUUCCAGGCUCCGUCGAAUACUUGGAAAACGUGUUUACUGUCAACUCUACAGGAUCGACCGAAGUCCAUGGAGUUGGGGGCAUUCGAUGUGCCCUAUAGCAGUGAGACGCCACUGUUUUUUUCGCCGUAUAAUUAUUAUGGUGGGACUGAAAAUGAACUUAAGCAAGAUGAGAUGGUGAUACAGUAUGGCUUGGAGAACUUCAAAAGUCGGUUCGCGUCGUGGUUCCAAAGCAGUAACUUUAGGUUCCCUACAUUUACAGAAUGUUGCAUUAAGUACUCAUUUUUUAAUUUGCAAUUUUUAUAUUUCAUUUUUACUUUUUUUCUUACUCUAUACAAGGCUUUAAUAUAAAGUUUUUUUAGCAAU